AUGAGGCCAUGGGAAGUGGUGCUGAUCUUGUGGGUGGUGCUGAGGCCUGCGGCAGGGCAACAACCCUUCCUGCCGGCCAUCACAGAUACCGCCUUCAUCAAGGAGUAUGUGUCCGUCCACAAUGAGUUCCGCUCCAAAGUUCAGCCAGAGGCCAGCAACAUGCAGUACAUGACUUGGGAUGCAGCUUUGGCAAGGACUGCGAGGGCGUGGGCAAGAAAAUGUGUUUUUGAACAUAAUGUAUACUUAACGGAGAGAUAUCAGUGCCAUCCUAGUUUCACAUCUGUUGGAGAGAAUAUUUGGAUUGGAAGUGUUCAAGCAUUUAAUGUUACUGGUGUCAUUAAAUCGUGGUAUGAUGAGGUAGCAUUCUAUGACUUCAACGUGAAUGCAUGUUCUAAGUUCUGCGGUCAUUACCUUCAGGUCGUUUGGGACUAUUCAUAUAAAAUAGGCUGUGCUGUUGCUCCAUGUAACAAAGUUGGAGGAAUACGAAAUGCAGCAAAUUUUGUUUGCAACUAUGCACCAAGUGGUAAUUUGUCAAGAAGACCAUAUAUAGAAGGAAGAGCAUGCAGUCAUUGUGCAAAUGGGGACACCUGUGAAAAUAAACUGUGUAGAAAUACAGAACGCGAUAAACUUACCUGUACGUAUUACAGUUUUCCACUGCUACUUAUGUUCCCCAGUUACUUUAAAUAUAUACUCCAAGUAAAUCUUACAUCUAUAUGCUUAUUUAUAGAUUAUUCAGGAUGGCGACCUGCUUGGGAGUUCAGCAUCACGUGCGAUAAGGAUUGUGUCAGUCUUGUGGUUUUGAGAAUAGUACUGUUAGUUCUUGCUUUUGCCUGUGUUUAUUUUAUGAGAGACUACUUUAGAGACAUGCCUAUAAACACCUAAUUGGAUUUCAAAUACAUAAUAUCUUCUGAAGAUACUUGCUAACGAAAUAAGCAAAAAAGUCAUACUGAUGUAACGUUAAUGACAACUUUCUUUGACAGUAUUUUUGUUCCUAUUAUUUUAUGCUCCUUAGAGAAAGCUAACAUGCCAAAAAAAAAAAAAAAAAUUGAAACUGUAUGUGGGGAAAAACCCAUAUUGGGAAAAUAUUAAGCUAAAGAUGGUAUCUGGUAAGGUUUGGAGCAGCAUUUUUAAAUACAAGAUUUCCCAAAACUGACAUCCUUUAUUCCUGCAAUUCAAGGACAAACUGUGUGUCAGUUAAACAACUCUUACAAUUCAUACUAAGGCAGUCUUUGGAAUCACAAUUGCUUAAUUUUGAUGCUGAGAGAAAGCUAGCAUCAUAUUAUGUACUCAGGCCUGUUCCCUAGAGUGAUAGAAUGUUCUGAAUAAAAUACAUAAGUAGGAUUUUAUAGAAGGAUGGUUCUCUAGAAGUCUUGUUGUUUGUGAAGUUAACACAAGCAGAUACUUACAAUGCAUUUAUUGUUCCUUAUUCAAAGUGUGACACUUCAGAUUUAUUAUUACUUUGUUCUAACUCCCUCUAAACCUUGUGAUUAAUUUUAUUUUUUUAAUCCUCGUUUUAAUGUGUACUGUUACUUAUGCAUAGCAUAUUUCCUGCUUUGUAAGUGUUCUGGAGUCUCAAUAAUAAAUUAUCUUGAAACUUGCUCAAGUCCAUUUAAUCAUCAGAUUUUACUCUUCUUUACUCUUCCAAGACAUGAAAUAUUUCAUUAAUAUGCUUUAAUUUCACUUUUUCCAACCAAAGACAGAUGGAAUUUAUACGAGAAUCUGAUACUUGUGUUUCUUACCAGUAUAGCAAACUAGAUUUUGUCCUGCUUGUAUCUUAGUCUUACCUAAUAAAUGCCAAUAUGACUGCAUGUAAGUUCAUUAUUAUUAGGUAAUGUUUCACCAUUAUUGUAAAACGAGCAAAUAAAAA